UAUACGUGAGCUCACAAUUCUAGAUGUGAAACAAAUGGCCAAUGAAAAAAUGACCCAUCCUGAAUAAUUGAAUUUUUUUCCAUGUCAAAAUUCAAACGAAAAGAAUAAUACAUAAAAAUGUCAACUGACCUCGAAAUAAUACGUCAAAAAAUUACCGAUCUAUAUCGGUAUCGUGAUGAAUAUUUUCUAAAAAUUAACGAAAAUGAAUGGCCACAAAAACAGGCAGCUAUUGAAAUAAAAAUCAAGGUAAUUUGUGAUGAACUUGAAAAACAUUCGGAUGAUGUGGAUAAAGCAGAAUAUUAUUUCCUAAAAGGAUGGCUAUUAAACAUACGUGAUCAAUAUGAUUCGAACGUAUUUGAAACAUUGACAAAAUCGAUAAAAUUUCGUCCAGAUAAUCAACAAGCAUGGCUUGAAUUAGGUGAAUGUUAUUUUAAAAAAGGUCAACUCAAUCUAGCACGAAAUUGUUUUGAAAAAGUUGUACAAAUGAAUCCGAUGGAAAAACGAGCCUUACGCAAUCUAUCGAUUAUGUUACGAUCAAAUCGAUGUGAUUCAAUGGAAGAAAAACAUCAAAAUAUUGUCAAAAGUAUUGAAUUGGCUAAAAAAGCUCUUGAAUAUGAUGUGGAUGAUUAUCAUUCAUGGGCAAUUUUAGGCAAUGCUUAUCUAACAUUAUUUUUCAUGUCAUCUAUUGGAUCAAGAACGGAUUUAUUGGUCCGCUGUAAAUCAGCCUAUCAAAAAGCAAUAAAUGAUCCGAUUGUACGCACAAAAUCGGAUGUUCUAUUCAACUAUAGUACAGUAUUACAAUAUGAUGAAGAAUUUGAACAAGCCAUCAAAUGUUUACAUGAUGCAUAUCGAUAUGAUCCAGAAUGGCUAGAACUUUCGAAUAAAAAACAACAACUACUUAAUCUAUUUGCCGAUAUUUGUCAGGGCAAUAAAUUGGACAGGACUGUGAUUAAAGCGAAAAAAUUGGCCAGUAUUAAAGAACAACUACAAUCGGAAGAAUCAAGAUUGAAAUGUCAAUUUCAAAAUGAAAAAAAAUUUUUCAAUGGUCAAACGAAAUUAAUUGACGAAUUAUGUGAAGGACCAAAUGAUUGUCUACUAGUCUGUCGAAUUGUAUCGUAUAUUGCAGAUCCGCAUAAUUUAUUUUUCUCUUCCAUUUACAUUACGAUUGAUUCCCGGGGCCAUACAAUAACAUUGUUUGUUUAUGAUCUGGUCAAAAACAAAGGCCCAAGACCGGGUGAUUCAUUGCUAAUACUCAAACCAUAUCUCAGGGAUUAUAGAAUAAAAUUCAAUGGACAAGAAUUUCAAUUCAAAGCCCUUAGGAUCGUUGAUCCAUUACAAGAAAUGUUGGUCAACAAUAUGCCAAUCACAAAAGAUUGUGUAGCCAUACCGACGAUUAAUGUAACACUUAAAAGUGAUUAAAACACGCAUCACUUACCACUUCGAUAAAUUCUUCAAUGGUAAUGAAACUGGUUCCAUAUUCAAGAACUUUGGAUUUAAGUGCAGCACGUUUACGAGCCACACGAGGAUCUUGACGAAAAUCUUUGGAAUCAAUUGCAAUGAGAAAAUCUUCUGUAGAUAUUCGUCCGGCUCCUUCCGGAUCGAACUGUGUAAAAAAAACUGUCAAAAUUAUGCAACAAAUUGACGAACAAAAUUUACCUUUUCAAAUAAUCUUAUCCAUUUCUGUCAUAAUAAUGAGAAAAUUAAAAUUAACCUAGAACAUAUAUAUGAAUAAAGAAAAACUCACCGCAUUUUUCUUGGUGAAAAUUUUUUCUUUUGACAAUUUUUUCUUUCUGACAAACAUUGUUUGUAUGAACAACAGAAUUCGCUAAUGAACAAAGUAAAAAAAAAAAAAAAAUAAAGAAUUUCACAUGACAAAACACAUGAUGUCAAUUUUUUUCUGGA